UCAACGUGACUAGGGAGGGAGCCGGUGCGAAAGGAUCACGGGAGAUGUAGUUCUCGAUGCGGAUCGACAUUUGUAAUCUUCUGUUACUUUGCGUCAGCGACGGACUACAUCACCCAGCAUGUCUUGCCGGGUGACCAGACACGCAGGAGCAGCGUCAGAGCGUUCGCGGGACCAGCACUGCAGCCGGCGGCAGGCGCUGAGCGGAGCCCGGGAGCGGCCGAGAUGUCCCGACAUUACUCACCAGCUGCUGUACCUCGAACUGUUCACCAAUAACUGCUGGAACCUUGCAGGAGCCAGCACACGAUGUCUGGUUCCUUAGAUCCUGGAUCACUGCUUCCACUGUACUCAUCUAUCAGUGAGUGACAGACCUUAAGGCUGGCCGGUGCUGGAAUGAGAAGGCGACUGCAUUGUGUCUGUACUGCAAUGCGUUUGUUUCUGAAGUGUCUCCGUGUAGGUCGCAGGCGGCGAUCGAAGCUCUUCCACCAGGUGAAGGCCCUCUGGAACUACACCAAACUGUGCAUCAACUCACUUGUCUACAACUCCUUCACCAACACUGACGUUGUCCUUGACUCCUUAUUUGAGCCCAUCUAUUGGCUGGUAGAUCAUGUGACCAGGUGGUUUGGAAUGGUCUUUGUGAUCCUGGUCAUCAUCCUAACGACCACAAUUGUGAUGAUUGUCUAUAUUUGUGUGCUGCCAGUCAUCAUGAGUACAUAUCCUAUGGGCUGGAUUGUGUGGCACCUUUGCUAUGGGCACUGGAACCUUAUGCAGAUUGUAUUUCACUACUACAAAGCUGUGCGGACACACCCUGGAUAUCCAACAGAGGGGAAAAGUGACAUUCCAAUGGUUUCAAUCUGCAGGAAGUGUAUCAAUCCCAAACCAGCUCGUACCCAUCACUGCAGCAUAUGUAACCGAUGUAUAUUGAAGAUGGAUCAUCAUUGUCCUUGGUUGAAUAACUGUGUGGGCCAUUUUAACCACCGAUACUUCUUCUCCUUCUGCCUAUUUAUGACACUGGGCUGUGUGUACUGUAGUGUGAGCAGCAGGGAGCUGUUUGUGGAUGCAUACUUCACCAUCAACACGGCCACAGAGACAACAGCUCCCACCAUAUCCUUCCGAGAAAAGGUUUUCCACAAGUGUAUAAUUUAUCUCUGGGUUCUCUGCAGUUCCGUGGCCCUGGCGCUCAGUGGCCUCACCCUGUGGCACACGGUCCUCAUUCUCUGUGGGGAGACCAGCAUUGAGAGACACAUCAACAAGAAAGAACGUCGGAGACAGCAGAAGAAAGGCAGAAUUUUCAGGAAUCCCUAUCACGCUGGCAAACUGAACAACUUGAAAUUAUUUCUUGGAAUAGAAAAGCGAAGGUAA